UGGCGGCGGGGUCCUCACGCGGCCGGCGGUGGGGGCCGAGCGGGCCGGGCCGGGCGGAGCGGCGGCGGCCCGGCGCGAAGAUGGCGGACGUGCUGAGCGUGCUGCGGCAGUACAACACGCAGAAGAAGGAGAUUGUGGUGAAGGGGGACGAGGUGAUCUUCGGCGAGUUCUCCUGGCCUAAGAACGUCAAGACCAACUAUGUCAUUUGGGGGACAGGGAAAGAGGGCCAGCCCAGGGAAUACUACACUUUGGACUCUAUCUUGUUCCUGCUGAAUAAUGUGCACCUUUCACAUCCUGUUUACGUCCGGCGUGCUGCAACUGAAAACAUUCCUGUGGUAAGAAGACCUGACAGAAAAGAUCUACUUGCAUACCUAAAUGGGGAAACAUCAACGUCAUCAAGUAUAGACAGAAGUGCACCACUUGAAAUUGGUCUUCAGCGAUCCACUCAAGUUAAAAGAGCAGCAGAUGAAAUAUUAGCAGAAGCAAAGAAACCAAGAAUAGAGGAUGAAGAGUGUGUGCGUCUUGACAAGGAGCGGCUGGCAGCUCGGUUGGAGGGGCAUAAAGAAGGUAUUGUGCAGACAGAGCAGAUCAGAUCCUUGUCUGAAGCCAUGUCUGUGGAAAAAAUUGCUGCUAUCAAAGCAAAAAUCAUGGCGAAGAAAAGAUCCACAAUCAAGACAGAUCUGGAUGAUGACAUAACUGCUCUUAAACAAAGAAGUUUUGUUGAUGCGGAGGUAGAUGUAACCAGAGACAUUGUCAGCAGGGAGAGAGUGUGGAGGACAAGAACUACUAUUUUACAAAGCACAGGCAAGAAUUUUGCCAAGAAUAUUUUUGCGAUUCUUCAGUCAGUAAAAGCCAGAGAAGAAGGUCGUGCACCUGAACAGAGGCCUGCACCAAAUACAGCACCAGCGGAUCCCACUUUACGGACUAAGCAGUCUAUUCCAGCUGCCUACAACAGAUACGAUCAGGAAAGAUUUAAAGGAAAGGAAGAGACGGAAGGCUUCAAAAUUGACACUAUGGGAACCUACCAUGGAAUGACUUUGAAGUCUGUAACGGAAGGUGCUUCUGCCAGGAAAACUCAAACCCCAGCAGCACAGCCUGUGCCAAGACCAGUUUCCCAAGCAAGACCACCUCCAAACCAGAAAAAAGGAUCUCGAACGCCCAUAAUCAUUAUUCCAGCAGCUACAACUUCUUUAAUAACUAUGCUUAAUGCAAAAGACCUUCUACAGGAUUUAAAGUUUGUACCAUCAGAUGAAAAGAAAAAACAAGGCUGUCAACGAGAAAAUGAAACUUUAAUACAGAGAAGGAAGGACCAGAUGCAGCCUGGGGGCACAACAGUCAGCGUUACUGUACCUUAUCGAGUGGUAGACCAGCCUCUGAAACUUAUGCCACAAGAUUGGGACCGUGUAGUCGCGGUGUUUGUUCAGGGUCCUGCUUGGCAGUUCAAAGGCUGGCCAUGGCUAUUGCCUGAUGGAUCCCCUGUUGAUAUUUUUGCAAAAAUUAAAGCUUUCCAUCUCAAGUAUGAUGAAGUACGUCUAGAUCCAAAUGUACAGAAAUGGGAUGUGACAGUAUUAGAAUUAAGUUAUCACAAACGGCACUUGGACAGACCAGUAUUCCUACGUUUCUGGGAAACUUUGGACAGGUACAUGGUAAAACACAAAUCCCAUUUGAGAUUCUGAAUCCUCUGGCUACCAUUCAUUUCCUGAAACGUGAUUGAGAAAUAUGAAAGAUGCUCCAGUUUGGAGACUAAGGCUCUCACUGUAUGCAUUUGUCAGGAACUUUACAAAUGAAGAAAGGAUCACAGUUUAAUCUUUUAUAAGAUCUUGUUUGGAUGCUUCGUGCUAUGGCAGGUUGAUACCUGCUGUUAUUACAAGCAAAAGUGUUUUCCUUAAAACUAUUUUUUUAAUAAUGUUAGCCUUCUAGCCUGCAAAUCAAAUUGUAUAUUUUGAUAGCAGCAGUUUCUUCCCCAUUUUGUUAAGUUAGCAAAAUUUUUAAACAGUAUGUUUUUGUUCCUCAUUAGAAAAUAGGUCGAUCUUCACUGAAGGUUACAGUGUGUGUGUGUAUGUGUGUGUGUAUGUUAUGAGGCUUUCAAAAUGACUUUGCUUCUGAGUUUAGCUCUGGUUUCCUUUGCUUUAUUGUUUCACUUACUGAAAAUAUUUUGUUGUAAAUGGUAUUAUGUUUUAGUCUAUCGGACUUGCAAAACUAAGCAAAGUGACAAUUGUUUUGGAUAAAUCAAAAUGUCAACCUGUAUAUGUACUGUAUAUUCUGUUUUGUUGAAAAAGGGAUGGUGAAAAAUCAAGAACCACUUCUUUGGGCUUAUAAUAUUCCAGUUUACCAAAUCUUUAAACUUUAUUACAAAUACAUUCAAGUAAAGUUUAACACAGAAUGUCCAUCCUCCAUACAGAUCCUUUAAUUUAAAACUUAGUGUGUAUGUGUACACUACCGCCUGUCAAAUACUUUAUAUAUGAGAGUCCAAACAUUGUAUAGACUAAACAAUGAAUAGAACGGGGGAGAGUUUGCUUUUUUUUAAGUCACCAUACAGAAUUAAUACUUUUGAUGCCAGUACAUUAGAUAACCUCUUAUGUUGUCCCUAUGACAAAAGUAGCCCAAGCCUUGUCUCCAGGAGUUGCCAUUUUCUGAUCUGAGCAGCUGGAGCUUUCCAGCAGUACUGCACUUGUACUCAAAAUAAACCUACUCCAGUUACCAAAGAACACAUUUGCUUGAUCUAGAUUGAGUAUAACUAAGGCAAGAAAACACUGGUAUUUGUAUGAGUUUAUGGUAACUACUUACUUUGACAUAAUAUAGUAUACCAGUUGAUAUAAUAGAAUGAUUAAAUACUAUAACAUACAUAUUAUAUUUCUGCUCUUAAAAUUCUGAACCAUGUUUCUUAUGCUUUGCAUUUGAGGUUUGACAAAAGUAAAAUAUUCUACGUAUUCAUUUUUCUUUUGCUUUUAUUUCACAUUUUAUCUUCAUUUUUUUAUAUAACUGGCAGCCUAGCACCUACAGAAGUUUUAGAACCAUACUGGCAUACCAGGCCUCUCAGGUCCCAAUGGCUUUGGUGAUGCAUAACAUUUUCAUCUCAACUGUACUAAGACUACAAUUUUUAAAUUUAAAACUACACAAAAUAAAAACCUCCCAAUUCUCAUUUUUUCAUAGCAGUUAAAAUCCACAUCAGUAGUACUAAGAGUGGAGUUUUGAAUGGAUAUCACAAAAUCACUGGGAAGAGCAAACAAUUCAAGACUGUAAAAUAGUUAAAUAAAAUCCUUUCAGAAAAGUUCCUUUAACUGGUUUAAGAGGUUUGGUCAGAUCCAGGUCACUGACUCUCCCACUAAAUUUUGUUUCACAGAAUUAACCAGAAUUUUCCUUUCUUUGUAUCUCUUAACCUUGAGAUAAAACUAGGGAACAAUUGUCAGUAGCACAGCACUUUUACUGUGAAGAAAUGAUCAAUAUAAUUUGGGGUUUCAUACUGCUGAAGUUGUGGGGCAUCUAAUAGUUCUGUUUCUGCUGCUCAGAAAUGGGAAAUUUUGUAGAGCUAGUCAGUACUAUGUAUGUAGGCAACAUACUUAGUUUUUAAAAGACUACUGUAAUGGGCAGCAGCCAGUUUUCCCACAAGGUUUUGGUAUAUACAUAUACUGCUCACAUGCAUUAUAAUUUGCAGAUUAUACUGUUGUUGUUUUUAAAUAUGGAAAGUCCAAUUGACAUUUUCUCUUCUCCAUCCUCUGUUUGUUGUGUUACAUGUUAAAAGCACAUGGUGUUAAAGCUCAUCAGUCAGUCUCAGACCCUGCAAUGCUUAGGCUCAAUGUGGCACACUGGAGGACAGCCUGAUUCUGAUUUCACUUACACUGGUGUACAUCCAUUGGAGUCAGUGGAGUGAUGCAGGUGUGAAACUGACAGGAGAGCAGAAUGUGUGAAAUCUGUUGGGCGAACUGUACCAUUUUUUGUGGAUUCAGAGCCAGACUUUUAAUAUUUUGGAAUUUUCUAUUUGCAAAAUAAUGUGAUUACGAUCUAAAACGUAUUUAUGAAGAAGAUGGCACUUUUAGGUCUCUUCAUUCAUCACGGUAGUGAGGUAUCUAUCUAAGUCAUUGUGCAAUUAGUUGCCUUCACUGGGAGUUGGAUCAGGUCCUCACAGAAUAGCUCUCCUGGGUCUCUCUAUAUGUACAUUUAUACACACAUUAUGAAACUACUUGGACUUAAAGUUUAGCCAUACAGCAUCAUUUUACAACAGAUCAGGUGUUUGAUAUCACUUUAUGCUUAAUUUAUCUACAAAUUAAUGAAUUGUAAGGAAAACUGGUACCAGGAACUGGAAGAAGCUGUACUAUGUGCCAUUUGUUUAGGUGAGCUGCAUUCCUACUGGUGAGCAGUUUUAAGAGCUUGCAGUGCUGAGACGUGUACAAAUUGUGUAAACUGUAUUGAAAAUUAAAAUGUAUAAGUGAGAAUGUGAGCUAUUUUACUGAAAAGUUAAAUGACAAGCAGUAUGGGGUUCAAAUAUCAAAUUGACUGUUUCCUCUCUUUUCUGUAUAGUACUGUUUUAAUAAUCAAAACUGCUUUGAAAUAGCUAAACAAAAACACCUCUACUAUCAUUGUUUAAAAAGUACUAAAGCAAGAUGGAAACUAGCUUACAGUGUGAUAUUCGGGGUUCCAUACUGCCAGGGUUUAAAAAAAGGACAGCAAUAUUAUAGCUGCCAAUAGGGACCUUUUGAAAUACUGAUUUAUAUUAAAAAUAUUACUGCUUUAUAAUUUAUACAAAGCAAGAACUGUCUGUACACUACUUGAGCUUUCUGAAUGCUGCACUGAACAAAGUGGCAGAAGCAGAUUUCUUUAAUCAACGCAGAGGUAAUUUCUUUUUAAAUAGACUUGUAUACCUGAAGAAAUAACGGAUCAGCACCUUCAACUGAAUAGGCUUAACUACUAUAAAGUUAUUGGCAGGGAAUUUUUUUUCUAUCAAGAUAAUUCUACAAGGAUGUGCUAAAAGCCAGUGCUUGAGCUACAUGAUUUAUAGAACUAUUCAACAAUACUGUAAACUUCUUAUUUUUGAAUACAGAUAAGGAGUAAUAUGUGGGAAGUGUACUAUGUAUUAAGUUCAUAAGGAGCUGAACCUAUGAUCAAGGAUAAUGCGAUAUAUGAUGUCAGAUAAAUGUUUAUCUGAACAGCA